CACCCUGUGUGUUCACCUACUCAACCUUCUCACCGACUUCCCCAGAUUACUCACAGUUAGCUGUCACUGCUAAUGGCCAACAUAGCUGUCCAGAUUUAUAAAUAGUUUAGAGGCUGUUUGUUUCAUUCGUCUGACACUCGACACCAAAGGAUCUCACAGAGCCGCAGGCUAAGCUCAAGCCCUCAUUCUAUGGCCUCAUGGUGGACAGUCUCUGUGGGACAGCUCCUCUAUUUUUGUCUGAUCCCCUGUCCUGACUUCCACUGCCUGCUGCUGGUCAGAUCUUCAGAGAUCACACAGUGGACCUCAAACUGGAUUUGGGUUAUUCUCAAUAGAAAGAGCCUGGAUCUCCCAGAGAGUGGAUGCGUGAGGUGACAGUUCAGGAUUAGAUCAAUAAGGCCUCCUUUUGGGGAGAGGGACAAAACAAGCAAAAAGGGACAUAAUAAACAGUUCCCAAAUUAUGGAUUAUAAACCUGGAAGGUUUUAGAGCUGCAAGUUCGUCACUGGACAAAAAUAAACCUGCCACAUGCAAGAAUGAAAAGAAAUCAUCUUGACAGCUAGAGAGGAGUUUAUUGCUGCAUAAAAGACUCACAGCAAGCAGCAGAUUGAAGGAUCAUUUGUACAGAGCCAAACUGAAACAAACAAUGCCUUUGGAGAAAAUCCUGACCAGAGGCCCGAAACUUCGGUCUGCGUCAUGACCUCAGUUGAGAAGCGUCGCUCGAGCCGGAAGAGCAGUGGGCACAGGAAGCACAGUGAUGGAGGCUUCAGCGACACGUCGAGUGGGGGCUCCUUCCUGGAUGAGACUGAUCGGGAGGUCAGCAAUCUGACGGACAGAGCCUUCAGGAGCCUUUGUAUUGGAGAUGAGGCUGUUUAUAAUGACUCUGACCUCAGUUUGUCUUCACCUAGCGCCUACUCAGACAGACAGCUGGCUUUCUGCAGAGACAGAGAGGAGAGAGAACGGGAGGACCGAAAGAGAGCUGCACAGGAAAAUUUUAACCUCAGUGUGCAGCAAUAUGGUCAGGACUGGAUCACAGCAGGGAUGUAUGGAGCAGAGAUCCAGAGAGAUGCUCAGUGGGAGGCUUAUGGGGACAUGACACAGGGGAUGGUUUCUGCCACAUUCCAGCACUCCUUAGUGGAAACCUCACAGCUGGGCAAGUCUCUGAGGGAAGAGGAGCUGUCCUUCCACAGCAACGGAGCCACAGAUUUGAGUUCACAGCAACGCAGAAGCCACUCGAGAGUUUCGUCUCUCAUCAGGGCGUUUAACUCUGACGGACACAGAGAUGCAGCAGGAGCGGAAGAUAACAUCAGAGAGCGGGAUGAUGGGACGAGUUGGGACAAAUCAGCUCUCAUGAGUAUUCAGAGAGAACUUUCUGAAUUCUCAUACCAGCAAAAUUUCAACCAUCAUUUCCAUCCUGCCGGGGCGUUUUCAUGCCGAGACCCAAACUUCUAUUCCUCUGAAGCAGAAUCAGUGGCCCAAAUGUCUCACAGCUACAUGAGGUCAUCACAAACCAAACACAUGUCUGCACAGGCCAACUGCAACUCCAACUUCUUCAUCCACAGUGAGUUCAGUCCCUUCCAGUUAUGGAGAGAUUACAACAGGUUUCCGUUUCAGCAGACAGAAGUCUCAGGCUUUAUGCAUUACUCGGAGUUCCCUAAAUGGUAUCAGACGCCAAUGUACAAUGAACUUUCUCUUGAAAAUCAAGGACACGGCUGUCAUAGAGACAUCAGACAACCUAGGAAUCACCUGGGAUAUCCGGUUCCUCUGACGGCUCCACGCUCCAUCUCAACUUCCUCUCAGAUCCAGAGAGCGUCAGCUGUGGAGAAACGCUGCGAGUCAGAGUUGGCGGUUCAUCAUCCGCACAGGAAGUGGACACGGAGCCUGGGGACUAACAAACUUCCGCCCCACCGCCCGUCAACUGCGUCACCCUCUACUGAGAUGUCUCGACGUGUCAGAGACACCAUCGGCUCUGUCAAAGCUCUGCAGCAAAAGGUUAAAAUGAUGUCAGAGUACGACACGACUAAUCAACAAGAAACAUUCAGUAGGAAUGAAAGUUGGUUUAACUCAGGAAAGAACACAUUGACAGCAGAGACAAACAUUGUUGGCAGUAACAAAGCAAAUUCCUUUAGAAUUGGCCAGCAGCUCACACCUUCAGUCCAACAACAUCAGGAUGUAGACACAUCCCGCUUACACCAGCAUGAAGUCUCCCCUCAACCAGUAGAGCAUCCUCCAGUGAGAGCCGAAAGCCGAGGAGCAACUCCCGAUGUGAGGAUGUCCAGCUAUAGAUCUCGAGCCACAAGCCUGCUCUUCAACCUGAAAGACAACAGAAAAAGAGUAAAAAGCACCUACAGUCCAACCAAGUUCAAAGGCUUAGAGACAGCGGAGAGGAACCAACAGUCCUACAGCCAGCAGCCACAUGAAACUGCACUUACCAGUUUAGAUGUUCAGUGUCUCCAGCCAGAAGCACUAAGAAGUACAAAUGCUGCUAUAAACCAGUAUCACAGCCCCGGCCUAUCACUUACUGCCCAGACAUCUCACCCCGCUAGAGUAAGCUCAGGCCACUAUUCAGAAAACACUGCAAAUGAUUACCAGGUAGCUCCGAUGCAAAGCCAUGGCUCUGGAUUCAGUGGCUUUGUAACUUCAAAUUACUCCAACAAUCAGCUGCUGGGAAAUGGGCAGAAUCCUCCUAAAUAUUUUGCAUCAUUUACUCCCUAUAGGCAUGAUAUUUAUAGAUCUGCAGAUGAAGUCAAGCAGCCUUACUCAGCUGAGGACACAACAAGGCUGAGUGUUGACAACUAUCAACACAGAGAACAUCUAAUAGGCAAAGCACAUGCAACCCAAGAAGGAGUGUUCGUAAAGGUGGACAGAUAUGAGCAGCUCGCAGAAAACAAACACAAUUACAAAAAUGUGUCUUCCCAGGAUAACUGGAGACAAGCAAGCGUCCAAGAUACAGAAAACAUCCAUCUCAAAACAAAUGUCCCCCCAGUGAAAUAUGAGACAGUGUCUUUAGUAGAAUCCUUAAAGCAAGAAAAUCUGUAUGGUGGAGAAAAAGAAGAAGUAAAAGAUGCUAAUUUAACACAGAAUUAUAACAGAUUUACUGAUCAGUAUGGUAGAGGCCAACAAAAUCUUACAUCAGACAAAGCAAUGGACAUGAUAACAACAGGUCAGACUAAACUAAAUAUACCAGCUCCAAAUCAAAACAUACAAACUAAACCUCGGUUUGAAAAGAAAAAUCAGCCAAAUCCAACUUUUAUUGAAGAAAAUGCAUCAGUCGUCGCAAUGACAAAUCAUGUAAAGAACACGCAGACUGUAGACACCAAAUGUGAACAGGUGAUGGCAUCCCACAGGAAACCACAAUAUACCCAAGUGGAUAUGGCCAAAACCCAACAGAAAGAUCAUGCAGAACCACCAAAAACAGAAAUAGCAAAGUUUAUUUCAUCAAGGCAACCUGCAUUAGAAACAGUCAAAAUGCAAGAGCUGCAAAAUAUAAGACAAGUCAAAGAUGAUCAUAUAGUUAAAGUGGAAGAGAGGAAAAAUGAACAAAAAGAAAAGUCAAGAGACACAUAUUUUCAGCAGGAAGAAGAGAAACAGAUGAAGGGUGAAAAAGAAAGGGAUUUGAAGCUAACAGACGACCCAACAAAUGUCACAGAAAAAGUCCCUAAAAAGCUCAAAACAGAACAAGCUGAAAAGGAGAAGCUUAAAGAGGAACACAUAAAAACCAAACUGGCAAAGACUGAGGCGCCUGAGCAGGUCAGAAUAGACCAAGUCAAACAUGAACAGGCCAAUGGCGUGCAAGCAGAGGAAAAACAGCAGAGCACAGAAAAAGCAAAGGGAGAGCAGAUGGAUGCAGAGAAAAGCAAUAUGGAAAAGGUUAAAGAAGAACAGAUCAGAGGCGAACAAAGAGAGCAGAUAAAAGAGCCGCAAACUAAAACAAUAGAUGUGAAGAGAAUGGGAAUGGAGGUGUUGGAGGUCAAAACAGACCAAAUGAAAGUCGAGUAUGUCAGGGAAGGUAGGGAUGAGAAAGAUUCAAGUCAUGCAUGUCAAAUUAAUUUAGAGAAGGCCACAUCAGGUACUUAUAGCACCGAAGACACACAAGAAGAAAAGACAAAACUGGAAGAAAACCUGGAGCAAAAGGAAUCUGAGCAAUCAAAAACAGAAAGCCUGCUGGAGAGGUCAGCUAAACUCACAGCCAAGCUUGCAGCAACACAGCAGGCCAGACAGGAACAGGACAGAGUUGAGCAAGUCAAGACAGAAUUAGCGAAAGCCAAAGCAGAGUUAGCUAAAAUAAAGGAGAAAAUGAGAGGAGAGCAAAAAGAAAAAGUGAGAAACAUUCUUUUCACCAAAGAAGAAGGUCUUUUAAAGAAUGAUGAUUCUAAUACUGGUGAAAACGCCAGCAACAAAAACCAGAACCACCCACUGGAAACACAAACUCAUGCAGUGACUGAUGAUUAUGAAAGGCUUAGGGAAAAAUAUGGUUUCACAUAUCCAACAUCUGCAAACAGCACCAAAGUGUCAGAUGCAGAAAAUAACGAACAAGCCAAAGAAAGCAAAGUUGAAAUAGAAAAUAAUUUGAUAUCAACUGACAGACCUUCUGUUAGUGACUCAUUUUUGACACCAGAGACAGCGAAUAAGGAGGGAGAUAAAAACUUUAAACACAGUAACGAGACAGUACAGGAGAGUGAUUGCAAUGAGCCCUUAAAUAAACCACAAUUAGGCAGCUGUCAUUCUCUUCUAACAAAUUCAUGUGAUAAAGCAAACAGAGUUAAUGUAUCUGACAAACUGAAGGACGACAGUGGUCAGAAAUUAGAAAAAAGUGAUGUUAUUAAAGACAUGGCCUCCUUGCAAAAAGACUCUGUUUCAGCUAAACAUGAAAGGAAGUUAACUGAUCAGCAAAUUAAUACAGGCAAAGACAUGGCUGUUGCUCCACUUAGAGCUUUAUCUCAAAGGGAGAAAGCUCAAACUAAGCAGGAAAUACUGACUUCCAAGAUAAAAGCACAUGCUGAAAAAGAGAUUUCCGCAAUAAAAGAAAAGGGAUUUGCUUUACCAGAAGGCUGUAUAGGCAAAAGCUCGGCCAUGCUGUUAACAAGUGGUCAGAGUGUUAAUAUUCGACAGAGACCUUCAUCACGAGAAGUGCCUAAGAAGCAUGAAACCACAGUGUCCAAUAAAAUCACAGCGAAGCAUCAGCUGGAGCCUUCAGGAGUGCAAAAAGAACCAGGCAAGUCUGCUUCAUCUCUGAGCUCUGAUACAGUGGGUGGUGAAGCAGCAGCUGAUCAUUCAGAAAAAUCCACAAAAACAAUCCUCCCCACAGGUACCUCUGCGAGCACAACUAAUAUAUGUGUGCAAAACAAACAAAAAGAGGCAAAUCACACAGAAGAAUCUGGAAGACUGAGCGGGGAAAUGCAACAAGUGGAAAAUGAUGAAACUCUCACCAAAACGAAAGACACAGCACACGCUACGGGUAUAUCCAAACCUGUGACUGCAGAGGCCGCUAAAGAAGAUCUUAAAGACUCAGAAUCAGAAGAUUGCGUGACUCAAAAAGAAUCCUCUGUAAGAGAUGACAGUGUGCUGAUUAUGGGGAUUAUGGUGACUGUAGUAGAAAGAAAUCCAACAGUCAAUAGUGCCCCACAGAAUAACAACACUGAAAAACAGACCAAUUCAGUAAAGGCAGAGAGUAAUACAUCAGAUUCAGGUACAAGGAAUUCCAGCCAAGAAGAAGCAGAGGUAUUAGUGAAGGCAACAGACUCAAAAAAGAGUCCCUAUGUUAUCAAAGAAAAUGAAGAUUCUCUUGGUAAGAAUAACUAUUCAGAUAAUGUGAAAGAAACUUUAAACUGGAAAGAAAUGAACAGAGAAAUAUCAGGUGAAAACCCAGAUCUCCAACUCAACAAUUGUGCCACUAAUACAGAACCACAGAAGAAGAGACAACCAGAAGCCGGAUCUAUACCUUCUAAAGACGAAUUCUUGGCCAAAACUCAAACAGUUCUCCACCAAAUGGACACAACUCUAGGAGAAUCAAAGGAUGUAAGUGUUAAUACGCCAAAGGAAAAAUUGUCAGAAACUUCUGGCCACCCAGAGGCAGGAGACAAGGGAAGUCAACCUGAAAUGCAAAAGCCUCUCAUCAAUGAAAUAUCCUAUGAUAAAGUCAACAAAGCCAAAAACAAUCAGCCAGUGAAAGACGACAUGACAACAGUUAAAAAUAUUUCCAAAAGCAGUAACAAUGAUGAGCAGUGUGCACCAGUACCAGAAGACAACACCUGCCCUUCUACUCCACCAAGCCCCUUCAAUGAUUCAUGCGUGGAUAACUCUAGGAUUGUGUCUCAAAACCAGCAACCCACUGAAACAUUCAGUAAUGAACACGAUCAAGAAGAUACUAGUGUGCAUAUUGAUAACAUUGCCGUCAGAGUUGUGCCAACUGAAAGUAAAACAGAUAACGUGGACAUGUUGGAAAAAUGUGACAUGAAAGCUGUUCCUCCGAAUGUGGGGUCUGCCUCUGAACAGAAUCAGGUUGUCACAUCCAGUAGUGAAGGAAAACCACAGAUUUCAAGUCAUGGACAUCAUUUUGAAAACUUGAUUCAAGAAAACAGUGAGCAGAAGGUGAAAGACAGUCUGGAAGAAAAAUUAGCUGUACAGUAUGUUUUAUCCAGCGUCAGGAAACUGUCUGACUCAUUGAAGGCAAGUGAGAAACAGAACAAUGCAAGUACAACCAGGGAAUGCAUUAAAGCUGGAGACAAAACGUCAGAAUCUAGUGUACAGCUGGGGGAAGCAGAUUAUUUUCAAGUACAAGGACCAGCAGAGACAAGCAACACGUCUCCUAACAAUAUCACAACUGGAAAAGAUUCAAAGGGAAACGACGUCCUAAAGUUAUUACCAAACGAGACAUUUAUUGGCACUGACCUGCACAAGAAACAGCAAAGUGAUGUCUUUGUGUUCACCGUGGAUCCAAGUGAACGAAAGACAGAUCAGUCAAGUUCAGAAAUUAUUGAUGGUGAGAACUUGACAGGUGAAAAUUUGGAAACUGGCGAUAAUACAGUCACUUCAAAACAGCCUGGUGGUUCCAUGGAGAGUUGUAAUAAAUUAAAAAAUGUAAAUGCAAGCCAAUCUAAUCCCACCAGAACAUAUGAUGAGGUGAACCAGUUGGAGUCCUGUGCAACGGAAAGACAGAAUUCGGGUAAUCAAAAUUUAACAAACACACAUUCUGACGCUAAGCCAAAUCCAAGAGAACGAGUGUCUGCAAUACCGGAAAUAUCAGCUAUUGCAGACUACGCCAGAUUAAAGGUGAUUGUUUCAGAGGAUAAAGAAGAGCAGCCACUUCAGCAUUUCCCUCCCAACAAAAAGGAAGGGUUCUUCCCUCUAAUACAGACUCGUCAUAGCAGACGCCCUGUGUUUACUGAUUACCCACAAGACCACUCUGUUAAAACCCAAAGCUUACCAAGUAAGACAGAGAAAACAGCCACUGUCAGCAAAGAGUGCAAAUCGCUAGUAUUUCCUAUCAUGGAGAAGGAGCACCAAAGAACUGGAAUGUUCAAACUUGGAGACAAAGAAGGACAAGAAAAACCACCUCUGAAUGCCCAAAUUACUGUCUAUGUAGACAAAGGUCCAAAUCAGAUUGAUACAAAGAACUCCCCCACAGAUAAAACAGAAAUAGUGGCUCAAGCAGCAGAGGAGCAUCAAUGGAGGACAGUAGAAGAAGAGCAACAGAUGAAAGUUCCACAUGAGAUACAACGGAGAGGAGCAGUGGAGGAGCAGUACAGGAGGACUGCACAACAAGCGCAACAAAGGGUUGCAGAAAAGGAGCAACAGAGGAAGGCUCUACAUGAAAAACAUCAGAGAAGAGUAGCAGAGGAGCAGCGGAGGGUGGAGGAAGCGGAGCAAAAAAGAAAAGCUGCAUAUGAAGAACAACAAAGAAAAGCAGCGGAGGAACAGCAAAGGCAAGCUGCACAACUGGAGCAAAAAAGAAGGAUUGCAGAAGAAGAGCAACAGAAGAAGGCUCUACAUGAAGAACAACAAAGAAGAAUAGCAGAAGACCAGCAAAGGAAAAUUGAGGAAGAGGAGCAAAGAAGGAAAGCUGCAUAUGAAGAACAACAGAGAAGAGUAGCAGAGGAGCAGAGAAAGAGGAUGGAGGAAGAGGAGCAAAAAAAGAAAGCUGCCUUUGAAGAAAAACAAAGAAAAGCAGCAGAGGAACAGCAAAGGAGGGCUGCACAACUUGAGCAACAAAGAAGGAUUGCAGAAGAAGAGCAACAGAGAAAAGCUGCACAUGAAGAACAACAGAGAAGAUUGGCAGAGGAGCAGCAAAUGAGGAUCGCACAAAUGGAGCAACGACAAAAAAUUGCACAAAAAGAACAACAGAGGAGAGCAGCAGAGGAAGAGCAACGGAGGAUUGUUGAAGAACAAAGAAAGAAAGCUGUCCAUGAAGAACAACAGAGAAGAAAAGUGGAGGAGCAGCAAAGAAGGGCUGCACUACUGGAGAAAAAAAGAAGGAUAGCAGAAGAAGAGCAACAGAGGACAGCUACAGAGCAGCAAAGGAUUGCAGAAGAGGAGCAAAAAAGGAAAUCAGCAUAUGAUGAACAACAAAAGAAAGCAGCAGAGGAAAAGCAAAAGAGGAGUACAGAGGAGGAACAAAUAAAAAUGGCUGCUCGUGAAGAACAACAGAGAAUAGAGGUGGAGGAGAAGCAAAGAAUGGCUGCACAACUGGUUCAACAAAGACGGACUGCAGAGGAGCGACAGAUGAAAGCUGCCCAUGAAGAGCAACAGAGAAGUGCAGCAGAGAGGCAACAACUGAGGGCUUCACAAUUUGAGCAACAAAGAAGGACUGCAGAAGAAGAGCAGCAGAGGAUAGCUUCCCAUGAAAAACAACACAAAAGGGCAGCAGAAGAGCAGCAGAAGAGAGCUGCACAAAUUGGUCUUCAUAGGAGGACUGCAGAACAAGAGCCAAGAAGACAAGAUGCACACAAAGGACAACAAAGAAGAGAAGCAGAAGAGCAGCAAAGGAGGAUUGCAAAAGAAGAGCAACAGACAAAAACUUUACAUGAACAACAGAGCUUAGCAGUUGAAGAGAAGCUGAGGAGAGCUGGACAGUUGGAGCAAGAAAGAAGGCCCAGGGAAGGCCCACAAAUGAGAAAAGCCGCACAUGAAGAGCAGGAGGGGAAAACCGCACAAGAACAAAAAAGAGAAACAGAACAGCAACAAAGGAGAGUACCUCAAAAUCCAAAUGACCAACAAAGGAAAGCAAUAGAAUUGAAUCAAAGAAGAUAUUCACGAUUAGAACAGAGAGAAAAAGAACAUGAACAACAAAGCCAAACUGCCCAACAGGACAAGCAAAGAAGAGAAGAAGAGGAGCAACAAAGGGGACUUUCUCAAGAGGACAAGCAAAGGAUGCUUUCAGCAGAAGAACAAAAGAGAGCAGAGUUAGACGAGCAGGAAAGAAAAGCAACACAUGAGAAGCAACAGAGGAGAGUUGCACAGAAGGAGCAACAACAAAGUGAUGUAGAAGAACACCAGAAAAGGCUUGCACAAGAAAAGCAGCACAGGAUAGCAUCUCUGAUUGAGGAGCAAAGGCAAGUAAAAGAGCAGACAGUUAGCAAUACUGAAAAAGAAGCAAAAGGAAAAGCAAAAGAAGGAAUAAAUGUUUUCAUUUCAGAGAAGGAAAGUGUCAAACAGACACAGGAACUUAACAAAAUCCAACAUUUGAAUGAAGAGCCAAUGAAUGAAAGUCUUGUGGGAGAGGAGAAAACUGCAUCACAAAAAAUGUUGAAAAAUGAGAACAUAGCUGCUGAAAAGGAACAAAUUAUGGGAGAACAGAGAAUAGAAAAACAUUUCAAGCAGGAGAAUUCUAAAGAAUUGACACCAGCUAAAACAGAUAAUGAUAGUCAAGCUAACAAGAUGGAAGAUGAUGAGCAGGUAUCAUCUCUCAAAGUAAAAGUAAGAGACCGUCAAGAGAUGGACAAAGGAACAGCACAGAAGACAAAUGCUCUCCAGUAUUUUGCAGUCUCCUCAACCAACAGAGAGAGAAGAUCCAGAGAAAAACAGUUGUCCCCCCCUUUACCUUUACAACAACAAAAUAAGAAACAAGGGGAGCUUGAAUCACCCAAUGACUUGUUGUGCCACAGACAUUACAGACCUCAAGCAGCUGCAUCUCCAGCUCCAACUCUGCCCCGCUCCAACACCUCCUCUCCUGCGCUUGGGGCCAAGCCCUUGAUGUUCAGAGUAAAGGACAACACCAUCAGAGGUUCCCCUCUCACAAAGUCUGUCAAGCCACGCUUCCAUAAGAACUUUGGAGAGGACUUCUUAAUGGGUUCAACAUUUGACGGGGCAUCAGAUAAAGCAGAGGAUGACCAGGAGAUAAUCAGACGAAAUACAGGGACCCCAUUAAGUCGUUUUGCUGCUAUCAGUGAGUCUUCAUUACAAGAUUACUCAAACACUACCCCUCACCCGAGACCCUAUUCUAGGAGAAGCAUGGCAACGGAUGAUGAUGAAUCUCGCUCUGUCAUCAGUAGCAUGUCAGAGGAUGUGGAGAGCUUUGCGACAAGUGCAGCAGAUCUGACUGAAAUGCAUGGCCUGUUUGAUUUGGACAGACCUGAAUCGGCAUGCAGUUUCAGCAGUGAUGUGUCGCGGUCUCUGGGCAAACCUCCAGCUGUUCCACCGAAAAGUGAGAAAGCCUUACGGAGAGCUCAAAGGUUAACCUCUCGAAGGAUGAAGAAAGAACUUUCCAAGGCUGCAGAAGGAAACCCUGUGGGAGUUGGGAAAGAGGUCACCAGUUUUCCUACUUCAUCAUCCUCCUCCAAUGAGGUAUGCUCCUCCAAUCAACAUGUUGUGGCUUCCCCCCAUUUCUCUCAACCUGUUUCCUUUGCUCUUGCUCCGGCUACUGGAUCCAGCUUGCCUUCCUCUCAUAAAGAUCGCAAAUCCUCUCAUUGUUCUUUUCAUGCUUCUCCUCAUGCCACCGGCCCCAUUUCUAUCCCCAGUCUUUCGCCUCAUGCUGGUUCUGUUGCGUCUCUUCAUGCUUCUAGCCCUGCUUCCAAACCUGCAGCUCUUCAAACAGUUGCUCAUGUAUCCUCUUCUCCUACUCUCCAUCAUGUCAAUCACCCAGCCACUCCUGUGACACAAUACCAUGUAGAGUCAACCAACUAUCCAUUGACUCAGCGGAAGGUUCUGCAGGAUCUGGGAUCUGGUCAGUUCUUUGUCGUAGAUGUGCCUGUUCAAGUAAAAACAAAAACUUUCUUUGAUCCUGAGACAGGAAAAUAUGUUCAGCUGAAUGUGCGCCAGACUGGUCAGAAUAUUUCUCAACCUCAGCUUCACCAAAACUACCAACAGGUUCAAGGACAACAACAACUGCAAGUCAAGCAGCAACCACAGUCCCUCUCCUCCAUCACCACGGUUGCUAGAAAGCCUUUUAGGUUUUAUCAAGGCUACCACAGUUCUCCCCAAAACUACCAGGCAGCUGUUGUCAACUCUGUGCAUGAAAGCAGCUCAUCAGUCCCAGCAGCUCUACACCAAAGCCAGCAGGCCUCAAGAGAAAACCACUGCUCCAGAACUCCAGUUCUUGAAAUUGAUCAGAACUCUGAGGGCCAUCGCUACAGUCCAGAGAAAACACCAUACAUGGACACAGUUAAUGACAUCACCAAGACAUACAACUUGGUCAACAGCACACGGGACUCAUGCGACCCUUUUCCUGAGUGUGACACGAGCAGCCCGCUUGGUAGAAGUUCAGUUUGUGAAAACGAUCACUCAGCUAACUUGGAGUAUCAGCCUCGUGACAUUAUUGCCAUAAGUGAAUUAGAAGAUUUCAUGGAGGUGUCUGAUUGGUGAGAAAAAAAAAAUUGACAUUAAAGUAAAGAAGUUUUUCCUGAAAUUACAAUACCUGAAACAUACAGUGUAUAAAUAAUGCAAUACAAAGUUUAAGUAACUUGUCAUCUGCAACAAAUUUGUUUUUGAUUGUAUAGGUCACUGUGACAUGCUCUUAAACUGCUGACGAUGUCUUUUUCAGAGAUUAACUGUUUAAUUUUGUAUUUGUAUUCUAUAUUUAUUGUUACCAUUCCAUUUGACUUUGAAUGUCAGAAGCUAACAUAUCUCUCGUGUUAACAGUAACAUCUGUAUCUCAUUUCCUGGUAUGGUGAACAUACCUUACAUAAACAAAUUGCGAACUGCCCCAUCAUAAAGUGCUUGGUCCUUUAUUGGAAGAAUAUGCAUUUAUUUUGCAUUACAAACAAUGGCUGGUCUGUUUUACCUCUCCUGUUGUGAAAGCCAUACAAUGCACGAAAUAACUCUUCAAAGUCAAAGAUCUUCAAAUGGUAUACAACAUAGUUUGUCUAUGCAGCAAGAGUGUCAAAACGAACAUGGUCACACGGAAGUGAUACGAUUGUUGCUGUUUUAAAGUUAUACAGUACUCUGUUUUAUAAGAUGGAUGUUUCUAGAAGUGCUUUUGUGUUGCUGUGAAUGUAGCAUGACAUGGACUUUUUCAGACAACAAAACCACAUUUAACAGAUAUUUUCCCACCAUGUGAUUGAUAAUUUUUUUUUCUUUUCAGGAUUAAAAAUAAAACAAGAUUUCUGAAAGA